AUGACCAACAUGGACGGGGCCAAGGGGCCAGAGACUAUGCAUGGCGCUGUGCCUUCGACUGCUGGGACCGAUGACAUGCAGGGAGGCACUGAGUCCGUUACGAGCACCGCACCUCUUACUCGCGCUGCCGCAGGUGUCAAGGCCGAUGAGCAGGACGUCCACAGAAAAUCGGGAGGCUCAGAGUCGAUGGACAAGCAGCAGGAGACCACCCCUGGGGAAGAUGUGCCGGCCGCUGGACACGCAAAACAGUUUACCAUUGCCGGCCAGCUGAGAGCUACCCUGUUCAGCUCAUGGAUCAAUAUUCUCUUGCUUGCGGCACCCGCUGGAAUUAUCAUGUACUACCUCAAGGUCAACUCGGUCGCCGUCUUCGUGGUCAAUUUCAUUGCCAUUGUACCCCUUGCUGCAAUGCUCGGAUAUGGAACUGAAGAAAUCGCUAUGAGAACUGGAGAGACUGUUGGCGGUCUUCUUAAUGCCACCUUUGGCAACGCCGUUGAGCUGAUUGUGUCUAUCCUUGCGUUGUUCAAGAAUGAGAUUGUCAUUGUACAGACCUCGCUGAUCGGAAGCAUACUGUCUAACCUGCUGCUGGUCAUGGGCAUGUCCUUCUUCGUUGGAGGAGUGACCCGUAUGGAGCAGAAUUUCAACGUGACGGUAGCUCAAACUGCAUCCAGUCUUCUCGCGUUGGCCGUCGGCAGUCUGAUUAUCCCCACGGCCUUCCACACCUGGUCAGGAAAUGGCGAAGCUGGCAUUGCAGAAAUUUCCAGGGGUACCAGCGUCAUCUUGCUAAUCGUGUACGCAGCCUAUCUGUUCUUCCAGCUCAAGUCCCAUGCUGCCAUCUUCAACACGCCUAGUGAGAAAGUAGAAAAGAGAUCAAAAUCCAAGAAGGUCGAGGAAGGUGAUGCUUCUAAAGGCAUUGCCCAGAUUGGAGCUGGUUUCUCUGCUUCCAUGGGCGGACAGAAUGCCCAGCGGAUCCCGGUGGUCGUCCCCGAGGAGGAAGAGGAGCCCCAGCUUAGUAUAUACGUCGCCGUGUUUACUCUCUGCGCUUCUACUGCUCUGGUCGCUCUUUGCGCCGAGGCCAUGGUUUCCUCUAUUGACGCAAUCACGACUUCUGGUGGCAUUUCGGAAACGUUUGUUGGUUUGAUCCUGCUUCCUAUCGUUGGAAACGCGGCAGAGCACGCUACUGCCGUGACCGUGGCAGCGAAGGAUAAGAUGGAUCUCUCUAUCGGAGUUGCUGUCGGCUCGAGCAUGCAGAUUGCCCUUCUUGUGCUACCGCUUCUUGUAGUCAUAGGCUGGAUUGCUGGAAAGGAUGACAUGGUAAUUGACACCUAG